AUGACAAGAAGGCCUAGCCAUGCCUUUCUCAAAGGAUGUCAUGCCCCCACCCCAACCUAUGGUGGGAUAUUCCUGUUUUUCCCAAGCCUGUUUUCUGCAUUUAAUGUAGUGCUGCUGGUCACUUUCAGUGCCUCUUCUUGGCAUUCUCAUGAAUGCAGAUGGCUGGCUCAGAAUGGAGAGUAGUCCUUUCCAAUGAUUAUGGGCCUUCUCUUUGUCCUAACUUUCUACAGUCUGAUAGGUCUAAAUGUCUCAGAUCCUGGUAUCUUGCAUCGAGGCAAGGCCUCAAACCCUGGGAGAAGGAGGGAUGUGUGCAGGAUAUUCCAAAUGCCGUGGUGCCCAAAGUGCUACUUCCACUGCUCUCCAAGGACUUUCCACUGUCCAUGGUGCAACAUCUGUGUGGAGGAGUUUGACCACCACUGCAAGUGGGUCAAUAACUGCAUAGGUCACCGUAACUUCCGGAUCUUCCUGCUGCUGCUCGUGUCCCUGUGCUUCUACCUGGGUGCCCUGCUGCUUACCUGCAUCAUAUUCCUCCAGCGCAUGAGGCACAUGUCCUUCUCCCUGGACAAAGCCAUGGCUGUCCACACAGCCCCAAGGGCCCACAGUGGGAAGAACACGAAUUGUGGGGAGGGACGGACUGCCCAGGGGCUGGACAGCCAAGGGGCAGGGUAA